AUGGAUUUCAAGGGUAUGUUGAACGGUGAGGGUGAAGACUCAGAUAGGAGUACCUCAAAUGAUAGUUGUGGACAUUAUUGUGCGAGUGAUGAUAAUUAUGACGAAGACGAAGGCCUCGAGCACCAUGAGGGCUGCGAAUCUGGGGAAAAAGUGGUGAGGACCAUCGUGGAUGAACACAACCACGAGCUUUCUCCAGCAGUGUUUGCACAUCUCCUUCCUAGUCAUCGAAAGAUGAGUGACAGUAACAAGGCACAGGUGGAUAGUUUGAAGCAGUUUGGGAUCCCCACCUCAAAAAUAAUGGCUUACAUGGCGGGACAAUCUGGUGGGUAUGGCAUGCUCCGGUUUACAAAAUGGGAUCUAUAUAAUUAUGUGCACAGACAAAGGGUUGUGCGAAUAUGCGACGCCGACACUGCAGCGACUAUCAGUUACUUGGAGGGUAGGGCAAAUGCUGACAUGAGGACGGUGGCACGAUACACAUGGACCCCGAAAAAUCGGUUGGGUAGCCUAUUUCGGGCCGACAGUGUGAUGAUGACGGAUUAUCAACUAUUUGGUGAUGUGUUGAAUUUUGAUUCAACAUACCAAUCUAACAAGUACAUGAAACCACUGGUGGUUUUCUCCAGGUUAAAUCACCACAAAUAG